AGUUUGCACCUCCGUUGCUGCCAUGACGACGGACCCAACGACAACAGCCUAUUCCUUCUUAUUAUACAAGACCUACAUAUUCUUUGACAUCACAGACCGCAACCCCUCCCCCUUCUCCCUUCCCCCCUCCUCCACACACGCAGCUUUGUGGCUGUUGUUGUACGACGCGCUUUUGGUCCACGUGCCUUUCAAGACUCCAAUUUAACUUCGUCUUCCACUUCGGGUGAAUCUUUCCUUCUCCAUCUUUUUCUUCUUCCUGGCUUCACCACUUCAAUUCGUUGCCUUAGACGUUAGAUUGCAUCGAACUGCGCUGAGGGGACACACGCACGCCCGCACGCACGUAGGAAAUACCUUCUGCACCGCAUUUCCUUUCAUCGCUUCACCCUCCCUUUCUUGUAAAAUUAGAAGUCCUCGUUGGCACAUCUCAAACGUCACCUUUCUGCUUUGUUUUUCUUGAUGUGCUUAACUGACAACCGGACAUUAGAACUCAAAUCUUCUUUUUUCUUCUUUGCCUGUGCACAUUGCGUUGAUCUCCCCCCCUUCUGUUGAGCGCAAAAUGUUUGCAGGUCUAGUGGCGACGGCGUCGAGCCGAUCGAGCAGCGACAGCAGCACCACACCCGCCUCGCCGCUUUCUUCUGAGGAGCGUUUUUGUCCCGACAAGGCAAGCACUGCUGAUGGACCUGCUCCGUCCUUUCACUCCCCUCUCCACACGGAUGCGUCGUCGUCAUCGUCGCCGCACACGGCCGGCCGGCAAGUGGCGCGGACGUCUUUAGAGUUCCUCAGCCCGUUUAGCGUUGGCGGCUACUCCAGCCCCUCUACGGGUGUCCGCUAUCGUCGUCCGUACACGGCGCAGAGCGACCACAGUCCGUCACUUCAGCGCAGCUGGGAAUCCGUCGCCGCGGGUGAGGAGGAAGGGAAUGAAAGAGGUGACUUCGCGGGAGAGUACAACGCCGACCUCUCGCCGUCCCCUCCACGGGAUCACGGCAGCUAUUUAUUCGAAAGAGCGGCCCAACAAGAACACGGAAGGGCACAACACAUGAAGGAGGCGGGUCAGCCUUCAUGGGAGGUGCCUGCGGAGUGCCGCGCUACUCUCUCUCCGCGUUCACCGUCUCGUCACUCCUCCAGCUCACAGGAAGGUACAAGACUGGAGAAGCUGGCGAAACAGCGCUCCUCGUCUUCUUCGUCGGUGUCUUCCGCCGCCCCUCGUGAAGGAGAGUUUUUUCAUGCGCAGCGCGAGCCACAGCAGCGCCGUCUGCCCCUCCCCAGCGCCUCUCCGGAUACGCUUUCCGGUCCUCGGGCGGGUCCUUGUGUCACACCCGGUCGGGUUUCUCUGUCGUCUCGGCCGGUGAUUACGUCCCCUCCUCCCCCGACCCACCAUGCAGCGGAGCAGAAUGCCGUAGUGCCGGAGGAUCUGCUGUCGCCUGUCACACCCCCUUCCCCCGCCGCUGCUCCGCACUCUGCCCCCACCCCAGGAGAUCGCGGUGCUGACACACACCACUUCGGUUUGAGGGAGCGAAGUGGAACGCAUGAGGGCAGGACACUGCCGAGCUCCACUCCUACAAGCUCUUCUGCUGCCGCAUCUCUCUCGAGCGUUUCCACCCCGUGCGCACCACCGUUUGACUCCCCGCCGGACUCCGCAAUGAAGCGACCACUUGACACGGUGACGACGGAGGCGGCAGACGCGGUGCCCUUCGCGCCGUCCGCAGAGACUGACGCCCCUGUAUUACAAAUGACAGCGGCAGCGGUGCCGAACAGUCAUGACAGCAACCCGCUGCUCUUCGGCGUUCAGUACACCGAGGAGGAACACCGCGUGCAGCUGGAGACGCAGGAGACGGAGGAGCGGCGGUGUCUUUUCCGUGCCUACAAGGCGGUUCUCACGUUGUACCGCAUGUGGGCGGCUGAGGCGGCCGAGAGGGCGGCGAGCAACGCGGAGAACGACGUGUUCAUGCGGAUUGACGGACAUUCCUCCACUCCGCGUCUCGUUGCGGAUCGCGCCGGUGCCGUCCAUUUUCCGUCGUCUUCCUUCGAUAGAAAAGCGACGGAGAGCCUCAACAGCAGUGCGGCGAGCACGGCGGAGCGGGUCCAGCGCUUUCUCCACGCGUCGAUUGACAGUGCUCGGGAGCGGCGCAGCGGCAGCGCCACAACGACGGCUACCGCAGAUGUCACGGCAGCACCGAUGCGCCGCUCCAUCACGCCCACCAUCACCUACGGUGGCAGCUAUCGGGAGGAGGAGCGACAGCUCCCACAUCCUCAAGACCAUCCGCUGCCGUCUGCGGCUCUGACACACGCCCUUUCGUCCAGCGCGGUCUCUUCUUCCUCAUCACCGCAGGCGUCGCGCUUUCUCGAGUACUCCUCGAUGCUCGCGCCCGAAGCGCGCGCACCGCCGACCGACUCGUCCAACAAUCCAAUCGGGCUUCCACAUCGACAGUGGGCGCGGCUGCUGCGGCGACAACCCGCCCGUCUUUUCUCUCCGUGGCGCGUUGACGAGUCAGAGAGGCGCACGUCACCUCGAAAAGAGACUACGUCGACGGAAGCAGCUCCGGCGAGUUCUUCUUCUACCCGACGUGGCAGCGGGGGCACCCGCUUUUCUAGCCCGCUCAUUCCGCGCAUUCGGCGUACAUCACCGCUUGGAACACGCAUUGCAGCUACGGCCACCACCACCACGCCGCCGCCGCUGCCGUCUCCACAUUCCUUUACGUCCGACGAUGAAGUGAAUCGUGAUGCGUGCCGGCGAGCGGAGGAGCCUCGUCCGUGGGCCUCGCAAACAUCGCAGCCGCCACCGAGCUCAGCGAUCCCUGACGCUUUCGUGCACCUCUGGAGUCGCCGCGCGGAGGCGGAGGACGACAGACGCGACGGAGGGGCACCGGCCGGCUCCCCCUUGUACGGGGCGUCGCUGUCGCCCGCGUUGGUGCGUUCUCCGCGCGUUGCGCUGGCCGACACGUCCUCGGUGUUGCCGCGCUCCACGCGUCGCCGCACACCGCCGUGGAACCCGAGCCCCAAUCUCCGCUCCACGUCUGCGGCCAGCCGAGGGGUUUCUGCGGCGGCGGACGAUGCACCAAACGACGGGCUGCCAGCGCCGUUGCUUGGCUUCGCGCCCAACAAGGCCUUCCACCAGCGGCAGCGCGCGACAUCUCUCAGUCCCCCGUCGAGGGCAAGCUCUUUUGAAGAGGCCGUUGCGCCUACCGCGCACACGACUUUGUUCUCUUCUUCCUCCGCGCGGACGAGCGAAGAAGGCCGUCGCCGUCGGGAGCGUCUCUCGAGCUACGUACAGUACAAGCGCUUCUUUGAUGCGGUGUAUGGCGCCGAUCGCCGCUCCCCUGUUCGCGCAAAGGAUCAACGACAUCAUUCGCAGCAGCAAUGGCCACCGUCUUACUCCUUUUACGCAAGCGCGGAAGGCGGAGAAGGACAUCGGGUCCUUGAACAGGGGUCGCCCUCACUGCCAAGACACUCCGCGCUGCGGUACGCCGAUCGUGGCCACCAAGCGAUUUCCGCCUCUUCUGUUCCUCCGCAGCACAGCACCGUCUUGACCUCGUCUCGCACUUGGUCUCCUGACGUGUAUCCGCGACGUGCGGUGCCGCACCCCGCAGCUGCGUGCAGUGAACCCUCGAAGGUGCGGCCGUCUGCUUCCCUGACACCGCCCUUCGGGUCUGGACGAGCAGCCCUCGGAUGUGAUGCUUCCCUGAGCAGUGACAUGUAUGCCGCACGGCUUUCCCGCCUCUGCACUCUGGAGAAGCUGUGCCGUGCCGAGCUGCAGCGUCGUUGGCUGGAGGACCAAAACGCGCUGCUGCACCGCUUCAUCAUUGAAGGCACCGUCACCUUGCAACGCGCGCGUGCGGCAUCGGAGAGGUCAACCGUCGUAUCUGCUGCUGCGUCGCACGGGCGAACCUCCGCGGGAGACGUUGUCGCCAACGCGUGUGCGUGGACGUUCAUACCAAACGAGGUGGAGUAG